AGAAAGGUUCGCAUAGCUCGGGUACCUCGGGAAUGGCUAAACCCGUACUGUAGCUAUAGUCAAAAUAUAGCUACAGUCCCUGAGGGAAAUCAUUAAUUGAAGUUGUGUUAAAUUGUAUGUUUUAAUUUCCUGAUGUUUAUUUCCUUUAAUGAGAUUUCAAACAUAUUGGUUGCGACCACAUAUCUAUGUAUACUAUGUAUUAUUAUAGUAUAGAUAUUUUAAACUAUCAAAGUUUAUAGACAUUAGUUGUUUUUUCUCUUGACGUAAAUUUGUCCAUUACAACUUGUUGACAUGUCUUUUUUUCCUAAGCUAGAAUCUGUAAUAAAAGAAUCAAGAUUCUUUCGUUCACGAUUUAAAAAUUUAGUUUGAUCUGUUAAUCGCAAGAUGGCCGCCAGGAAAAAGGUUAUGUAUAUACUUGACGUAUUUUGUUUACCGCGAAUGGGACAAAUUGAUGUCUCUGAUUCUACCCUAGAAUUAGAAGAGAAAGUAUACUCGUAAAAGCGAUCGAAAGCAAGAAUUCUUAAGAGCUCGUUAAAACUUGCUUCGCACGUGAAAUUGAAUUGAAUAUAUGUCACCACUGUUCGGUGCAAACCUGCGCAAACUGUCAUAAAGAAAUAUAAACAAUAACAAUACAAUAUGACACUACCUGGUAUCGGAGUAUUUGGUACAGGAAGUAUUGUCAGGAUAAUAAUACCUUUUCUCAGAGAAAAGGGCUUUAGAAUAGAAGCUAUUUGGGGACGUACAUUGGCGGAAGUAUCAGAAGUAGCGACUGAUCUUGAAAUACCAUUUCAUACUAGUCGAAUAGAUGAUGUAUUACUUAGGAAAGAUGUCGAUUUGAUCUUCAUCAUGUGCUCUCCUAGCUUGCACGCCCAAAUUGCAGUGAAAGCUUUAGGAAUAGGUAAACAUGUUGUGUGCGAUAAACCAGCAGGUUUGAGCCAAAGUGAAGCCCUAAAAAUGGUACGAGCAGCACAAUAUUAUCCCUCCUUGAUAAGCAUUGUUAAUCACAGCUUGAGGUUUCUACCAGCAUUUGUUCAUAUGAAAAAAGCUCUAGAGGAAGGAUAUUUAAAUGGUCUGGUAACUGUUAUCGAAGUUAGAGUACAUAUGGGCAGUUUGUUACAUAACGGAUACGAUUGGCUAUGUGACGAUACAAUGGGAGGAGGAAUUUUAGCAUUAGUAGGAAGCCAUGUGAUCGAUUUAAUUUUUCACUUGAUGGGUCAACGAGCCUCAAGAGUGCAUGCGGUAGUUCGUACCUUCACUCAAACUACGAGCCAUAUAAAUGGGAUAAGGCACGUUACUUCGCCGGACUUUUGUAGUUUUCAAAUGGAAUUGAGCAGCGGUACCUUGGUAACGGCAACUUUAAGCAAUCAUCUACAAGGCCAGCUCUCCCAAGAAGUACUAAUAUGCGGAGGUGGUAAUCAUCUUUUGGCACGCGGUGGAGAUUUAUUCGGUUAUCGAAAAGGACAAGAAGAAAUAUUGUACCACGAUACAGACGACUUGCAAGACGUAUCGUUUCCUAUCACGGAGUCUAUUCCGAGACCGUACGUCAAAGGAUUGAGAAACAUGAUUGCUGCAUUGAGAGAAGCAUUUCAAUCCGUUGAAGAUAAAAAGGGAUGGAUAAAAGAACCGGUAUUUUCAGCGUCAACGUUCGAAGAUGGUUUAUACGUUCAAGCUGUUAUAGAUGCGUUGCGACAGAGUAACAAACGACGGGAAUGGGUCAAAGUUAAUAUUUUAACGGAAGAACCAGACCCAAACCCUUUGUUGAGCGCAGCUGUUAGAGCUACGGCCAUUUCUAUAUGAAGUAAAUACGAUACGAAGACUGUUUUUAAACUAAACGAAAUAUUUUUGGAGCUCCUGGUAAAUAAUAUUUUAACGAAAUGCAACUAAUUAUUAUUUGUAACUUUUAACGAUAAGGCAGCUCUAAACGUAAGUUAACGUAUAUGUUGUUAAGUUUAGGUUUUAACUAUUUAUUGCUCUCGACACGAUAAAAACUACGCAUCUACAUUGUAAAUAUGUGCAUAAACAUGUAUAUUUUGAAGAAUCUUUAAUAUGCUUGCAUUCGCAUAGGACAUAUAUCCAAUGAUCUAAUAUUACGUGAGAUUAAUAUUAACAAAAUAGUGCACGAAUCAUGAUAAUUAUUUAUAUGUUAAUGAAAGUAUUUCUAAAUAAAUAUUGCUUAUAUCAAAUCAA